GCGUGGUGACCUCACGUACGCGUCAGAUGCGCCGUUCGAUGGCUGCUGUAUCUGAAAUGGGACACAGGAAGGGCACAGAACGGCGCAAAACGGCGUAAAACGGCUCAAAACGGCAGUGCACUCAGCUAAGCGCCGUUAAGCGCGCUUAUCACGAUGCGGUCUCUGAAAUGAGACACAGCCUAAGACUUCACUGUGUUUCUCGUGUCGGCCUGCAGGAGGCGCCGGCGUUCAAACUCAGUCACACUGAGCGGAACGUUAAGUUUCCCUUUUGUUUCCACUCGGAUUGCUACGAAUAGACGCUACCGUAAACUUCCGGGUCGUGGUUAGUACACACAUGUGAGCAGUGAGAAGAAGGAUCUGUGGGUGAUCACACAGGUAUGUUGCUGUUUUUCAGGAUUUAAAUGAUCCAGACUUUAAAGAGAGGGGCUUUGACUCGUGUUAGGUUCACUGCUGCUGCCUCAGGUAGAGAGACAGCUGAGGGUUUCAGCUCAUGGCGGAGCAGCACUGACCACACAGGGGGUUAUAGCUGCUAUAUUCAACAUUUUUGAUUUUAAUCGUUGACUGGGGCAGCUAUCAGCAUUUAAAUGUAGAAUUAAAAAUAACCUUUAACAAUUGAGCGAAUAAAAAAGGAUCAGGACAACAUCUGGUAGAGUUUAUCAUGAUACAGUAUGGUACAGUCAGAUUAAAUAUGCGAGAGAUAAUACAUUUAUGUGUAAAUUAGGGCUAGGCGAUAUGGGAAAAAGUUUAUCCCGGUAUAUUUUUUAAUAUCAGUUGAUAUCGAUAUAUAUAUCAAGAUACAAAAGUGAAAAUUAACAGUGCUUAUUGGGAGCAUGUCUUUUGCAAUACAACAAGCUACUGCAUCUGGAUAUCUCUUCAACAUUUUGUCGUAAGGCGUAGCGCUGUUAAAAUGCAAUGGUUGCGUGUAGUUGCAGCCUGUUACUACGCGAAUUAGCUACUUAGUGAUAAUUCAGCACAUGAUUGGUUCAGCGCGAAGUAGACCUGGAGAAACUCCCCUUCUCAUUGGCUCUUCAUUAGCGGUGGGAGAAAAUUUUUUACGUUCAAAAGUUGAUCUUUUUUCUUAAAUGUAAGAAUGACUUUAAAAAACUGACUUACAUGUCGUGUGUAUUUUUUGUUGAAAUAUGGUUCCUGGAAUAGUCAGUAGACAAAAAAUCCCAGAAGCUAAAUUUUCAACUUUGGCCUCUGUGGAAAAAGACUUUGUUAAACGUGUCUGUGUUUUAGUUUCCAGGAUGGAUGGGAAAGUAAAGGAACAGAAGCGACAUCAAAAGAAGCACAGCGGGCCGAAAGCAGAGAAGAAGAAGCUCAGGAAGCAAGGAGGCACCACAGAAGAAGAUGAGCGCAAACGAAACCCCAAAGCGUUUGCGGUUCAGUCCGCUGUGCGGAUGGCCAGAACCUUCCACAGGUCAGAGGUCACAGAUGCCUGUCUCUAUAAUCUGUACUGAGACUGUUAACCGAAAACGUCUCAACAUUUACUCUUCACUGAAUUCUAUUUAGGUCCCAGGACAUUAAGGCAAAGAAACAUCACAUCCCCCUGGUGGACAGGACUCCUCUUGAACCCCCUCCCAUUGUCAUUGUUGUAGUCGGGCCCCCUAAGGUGGGAAAGAGCACCCUGAUCCGCUGCCUGAUCAAAAACUUCACCCGACAGAAGCUGGGAGAGAUCAAGGGACCUGUGACCAUUGUUGCAGGUGAGCCUAAAACCUGCACUCACAUGGGGCCCCUCCAGAAUGAAUUUUAUCUUCUGUCUGUUUAUGUUUUUAACUUGUCUGUUUCUGCUGAGCUGAUCUCCCCUCUUAAGGUGUCCUGUCAUUUUUGAAGUGUUGAAGUGUUUUUGAAGUCAUUGUUUCUGCAUUUCCAGGUAAAAAGCGUCGCCUGACUUUUAUGGAGUGUAACAACGACAUCAACACGAUGAUCGACCUGGCCAAAGUGGCCGACCUGGUGAGAAGACAAAAACAUUUUAAACAAUGAAAAUAAGUUAAUUUACAAACCAAUUCGAUUAUCUUAGACAGCUAAACAUGCUUCAAACAAAUCUAAGAAACAUACUUUUUCCCCUCUUCAGGUUUUGAUGCUGAUUGAUGCCAGUUUUGGCUUUGAGAUGGAGACGUUUGAGUUCCUGAACAUCUGUCAGGUGCACGGUUUCCCUCGUAUCAUGGGCGUGCUGACUCACCUGGACUCCUUCAAGAACAACAAGACUCUGAGGAAGACCAAGAAGAACCUAAAGCACCGCUUCUGGACUGAGGUCUACCAGGUAAACACACCCUCAUCAACUGACCUGAGGCAGAAAGGUUGAGUGAACACAGGAAGCUCAUGAGCAGAUUUGUGGUACAUUUUAUCUCUUCAUGGAGCUUUGGACUUAAAGCCAGCUAACUCAAAACAAACCUGUCAGCUUUCAUGGAUUAACCCCCUGAGCUCUGUGUCUGUUUGACCCUGUGAUCACAGCCUGUGUGUUUACCUGUGUCGACCUGCAGGGGGCGAAGCUCUUCUACCUGUCAGGUAUGGUGUACGGAGAGUAUCAGACUCAGGAGGUGAAGAAUCUUGGCAGGUUCAUCUCAGUCAUGAAGUUUCGUCCUCUGGUGUGGCAGACGUCUCAUUCUUACGUGCUGGCUGAUCGGUGAGUGAGGACUAUGGGUGAUGUGUGACAAAGUUUAGGAGAAGGAGAAAGCAGGAGGAGAGGGGAGAGGAGCGGAGAAGCAGGAGGAGGAAAGAGGAGCAGGAGGAGAGUGGAGACUAGGGAGAGGAGGAGAGGGGAGAGCAGGAGGAGGGCAGUAAGAGGAGGAGAGAGGAGAGCAGGGAGAGAAGCAGGAGGAGGAGGAAGAGGAACAGGAGGAGAAAGAGCAGGGACAGAAGCAGGAGGAAAGAGGAAAGCAGGAAAAGGAGAGCAGGGAGAGAAGCAGAAGAAGGAAGAGGAGAAGGAGGAGAAAGGAGAGUAGGGAGAGGAGCAGGAAAAGAGAGGAAAGCAGAAAGAGGAGGAGAGCAGGUGGAGGAGCAGGAGGAGAGAGGAAGGCAGAAAGAGGAGGAGAAAGGAGAGCAUGGAGAGGAGCAGAAGGAGAGAGGAGAGCAGGGAGAGGAGACCAGGAAGAGAAGUAGGAGGAGGAGAGAGGGCAGCAGGGAGAGGAGAUGGUAAGAGGAGAAGCAAACAGGGAGAGGAGCAGGGGAAGAUAAGAGGAGAGCAGGGAGAGAAGCAGGAGGAGAAGAAAGUAGGAGUGAGGGGAGCAGGGAGAAGGUAAGAGGAGAGCAGAGAGACGAGCAGGGGAAGAAGCAGGAGGAGGAGAGAGAGGAGCAGGAGAAGUGAGGAGAGCAGGAGGAGAGAGGAGACCAGGAAGAGGAGCAGGGGGAGAGGGGAGGGCAGGGAGAGGAGCGGGAGUGUGUAUCUCUGUGUCUGAAAAGCUUAAGGACAGAGUUAGCAUGAGUGUUUUUGAGAGUAAAUGAGGCUCAAGAGAAACCAAAUCAUACUAAAAUGUGAGUCCUGUUUCUUAAUUUCCCAAAAAUGGAGGCUUACAAGGAACAAAUGAAAUGUUGGAUCUGCUGCCUGUGGCUAACUAUAAAAGGUAGAAGAGUGACGAGUAGUUUAAGAACUUUAAAGCUCUGUAAAUAAACGUGUUGCAGAUAUUAAAUUAUGACAAAAAGGUCUUUUAAACAGAAAUGAGAACUCUCAGUGGUUAUUUUUGUCAUACAGCAGAGAAGCAUGAGUCAAAAGUGACAGCCCUCUCUUGUAACUGAUAUUUUAUCCCAGCAUUCUCACAAACUGAACACCACAGCUUUAUUUUACCUGCUCUUUCUCCGCUCUCUCAGUAUGGAGGACCUGACUGACCCUGAGAAGGUGAGGACUGACCCAAAGUGUGACCGCACAGUUUCACUCUACGGCUACCUGAGAGGGACAUAUCUGAAGAAUAAAGGCCAGGUCCACAUCCCAGGUGAGGGAUAUAUCCUAUCUGUCCUAAAAAAGCUUGUUUAACAUCUCUGCAUACAUGAGCACUCACAGGUGAUGUUUCUUUGCAGGUGUGGGAGACUUCCAGGUGGCAGACGUGAACUUCCUUCCUGACCCGUGUCCACUGCCCGAUGCUCAGAAGAAGAGAGCGCUGAAUGAGAAGGAGCGCCUGCUCUACGCUCCCAUGGCGGGGGUUGGAGGGGUUGUUUAUGACAAGGACGCUGUUUAUAUCGACCUUCCCGCUAACCACGUCAACCAGCAGCAGGUGCGUGGGUAACAACUGAAUAAUCUUUAUGGGUUUAUUUUCAUUCAGGUGUAAAAGUGUCUGAAUAUGUGCCACAGAUUUCUUCAUCCUGCAGCAGGUAAACUGGCUGUACUGCUGCAACAUGAUCCUUAAUGGAUCAGACUGUGACUUUGAGAAUCUGAGAACAUUACAUAGAAAGUUCCUCCAGAGACAGACCUUUUCAGUUAGGAGGAAGAUGAUUUUUGAGCCAGAAACAGCUGUUUGCAACACUCUACCGUGACUGUGAGAAGUCAUUACACUUGAUUUUAGCUGCUUAACUAAAAGCAGACACUUAAUCCUGUAAAUCUUCCUUAUUAUUUUGUCCAAGACUUAAAAUUGAAGUAGACUGAUAAUCGGCUUUGACCAAUAAAAGGGGCCAAUAUUCAGCAUUUAGCUGAUUUUAUGAACAUUUGUCAUGAUUUUCUAAGAGACCAUGUCGGCAAAUAGGCUUGUCAAAAUUUGGCCUCUGACGCAGAUGUGAUUCCAUUAGGUUUUUGUGACACAUACAUAUAAUAAAAAUGUGUUGAUUAAUCAAUGACUGUGUGAAGGAUAGAUAGGAUUGUGAUAAGCCUUUCUGGGUCAUGAAAUUAUUCAGAUGGACCUGACGAUGGACCUCAUCAAAAAGCCGUCGGACAACUUCAGGUCCAGAUUUGAGGACUACUCCAUCCCAAAAAAUAUCAGACUUUGUCCGCAAUCCAAGGCACUUCCUUUUUAAAAUGUGCUUAAUACAUAGAUGAGGUCACAUUUCAGAUGCAGUUCAUUGAUUUUCAAACAUGCGCCCCUGGUCAGUGAUGCGCUCCAAAGUGCAGGGUCUGUGAGCACUUUUUGGGUAGCAGGCUCUGAAGAGUACAGCACAAUCGAAGCACUGGCAAUUUUAUGCGCUCACAACGUUCUCCUCCACGUACACAUGCGAAUCGAGCUUCUCUGUUAUUCGCCUGAUUAAGACCUAAGAGAGGAACCGCCUGGAGAACUGCCCUCAGGUUAGAGUGACAAACAUAUCCCCAGACAUUCAACAAGUUGUAGCUGAGGAGAAAUGCCAGUUUUCAGUGUUCAUCACUUUUUCCUAAAUUCUAAGAAACUAAAGCAUUUUUUUUAUACAAGAGGACGCUGCCUUUGUUUCAGCAGUGAGCACUGUCCGCUGUCUGCAGCCCUGCUCAUACCUUGUUCUACGGCGUAAUUGUUUGACUUCACCAAUGACAGCUGUUGUUACGAAAAAUAUAUGAAUCAAAUUCAUUGUCAAAUCGAUUUCAUGGGUAAGAUUUUAUGUUUGGUGGGCCUGAUGUAGAAGGUGUUGGGUUCAAAAUUUCACCCUUUUGUUUCUUCUCACUCAGAUUGUUCAUCUUCUCUCUACCUGCUUUUUAAGUGCAUCCUUGUGUCAUGUUUCCUGCAGGAGGAGGGGCGUCCCACCACAGAGCUGGUUCAGUCUCUUAUUGACACUCAAGCCACUCUGGAUGCAAAGAUGGCCGCCAGUAAAGUGUCGCUAUUCAGUGGCUCGACGAUGCUGGACUCUGCAGAGAUGGAGGAGGAGGAGGAGGGAGGAAGAGGAAGAGGAGGAGAGCGGGUGAGACACAACAGACACCCUGAUUUUAUUUAAUGCUCUUUAUGGAGGGAAAUAUCAACAACUCACUCACGCUGUGUGUGUGUGUGUGUGUGUUAGAGAGGGGGCUGGCAUUCAGGAGAGUCGCGUGCUCGACCCGAACACCCAGAGAGAGAGGAGGAAGGUGAUCUUUACCAAGGAGGACAUGAUGAGGAUGAUGAUGGAGAUGACGAUGAUGAUGAUGAGGAGGAGGAGGAGGGGGAGGGUGACAGUGAUGAGGAGGAAGAUGAAGAUGAAAAUAACCUGUCCAUGUUCCUGAAGAAGACGAGAGCUGAGUCCGCUCCUCCGCUGAAGAAACAGAAACUUGGGGAGGUGAAGGAGGGCGAGAAGGAGGGGGCGGAGGUGCCGGCGUUCGCUGACAGUGAGGACGAGCUGGAACGGAGCGAGGAAGAGGACGAGAGCGAUGAAGAGGAGGCGACUGGGAGAGCAGGGGACUCUGGACACUGCUCUGAAGAAGAAGAGGAGGAAGGGGAGGAGGAGAGUGAGGAUGAAGAGGAUGAGUCAGGGGAGGAGAAGGAAAUGGAGAGUGAAGAGGAAGAAGAGGAAGAGGAGCAGGGUAACAAAAUCCGUUAUCACAUUUUAACUCUGUGUUUGUAGAUAAGAGUCAUAAUCCCAAUCAGCUUCAUGAAUUCAUUGAAUUCUCUUGUUUUGACCUCAGGGGCUCUCAGGUGGAAAGAGGAUCUGCAGCAGAAAGCAUCACAGGCGUUUCUACGGCAACAAGAAGCUGCUCCCAACUUAAGGAAACUGGUUUAUGGGACAGGUAAGAGAGACUCUGACUUUAUCUGCACAUAAAAAAGGAUGUUUGUGAAUAUUUUACAACUAUUUAUUUUUCUACCUUUCAAAUAUUUCUGAAAAUCAUCAUAUCCUGUUUUUAUCAACAUUUUACAUCAGGUCCCAACUCUAAUAAGAUACAGAAUUUUACUACAAGCAGUGAGCUAUAAACACUUAUUUACCUUCUUUUACUCUUCGAAAUAGUUUUUAAUUUUGUUUAAACCUGAGAAGUUUUUUAUUCAAUCACAGACUGUCAUAUACUUGAUAGUGUGCUUUCUGCACCUGUUUUUGACACACAACACUUCUUUACCAGCAAGUGACAUUUUAUAGAAAAUAUCGCUGUGUUUUCAGACUGAUAUAGCACAGCUGUGUGUGUCCGUGUGUUCUGACAGUCAGUAUUUGUGUUUUUAGUGGUAGAGGCAGAUAAAAGUGACGAAGAGGAAGAGGAGUUGGGGGGUCUGUUCAGAGUCAACCGUCCUCAGACGAGUAAAAAGUUCACAGCCGAUGCUCUCGACUGUUCACGCUUCAAACCUGAUACGUCACAUGACUGGGACCUGGAGGAGGUACACACACACACACACACACACACACACACACACACACACACACACACACACACACUUUGCAUCAUUAUGUUUGAAUAAGGCUCACAGGUGUCUGUGGUUUGAUCCUGCAGAUGUUGAACUCCAUCAGAGACUGUUUCGUGACAGGGAAGUGGGAGGAAGGUCAGGAUGCUGCAACUCUGCUCAAAGAAGACGGUGAGAGAGGAGGGUCAAAAACUCACACUGACAUUAAACACUCUGAGUAACACAGUGAAUAAUUCUGCAGAGUGUGAACUCUCAGUAUCAGUAACAGUACCUGUUGUCUCUCACAGUGGAUCUAACAUUCUGGUUAUGUGUUUUUUGGUGUGUGUUUAGAGGAGCUCUAUGGGGACUUUGAGGAUCUGGAAACAGGGGAAGUCCACAGAGGACAGGAUCAGGAUCAGGUGAGUCCAGUCUCAGUUGUGCAGAGUUUAAACGGACAAGGAUGGACUUUUUUUGAAGAGGUUUAGUCCGUCUAACUAGUUUAUGAAGCAGACUGAAAAACAACCAAAGUGCUGCAGGUCAUCAGGGGUGUGAUCCUUCCAGCUGGAAAAACACCUUACAGGAUAAAGGUUUCACAUCUUCCAUCAAGACAGUUGUGAAUUUUGAGUUUUCCCGUCCUGGAGAUGAUGUUAGUCUUGUCUAACCUUGCAGAAAAGUGAGGAUGAAGAUGAUGAUGAUGAUGAGGAGGAGGAGGAAGAUGCUGCAGAUGGUUUGAUGAAGGUAGAUGAGGAGGCAGCUCAGAAGAAGAAGCGUCUUGAGAAGAAGCGGCGCCUGAAGGAACGGUUCGACGCCGAGUACGAUGACGGGGAGGCCACGUACUUUGACGACCUGAAGGAGGAGAUGCAGAAACAGGCGGAGGUGAAUGUUUGUCCCGUUAUAACAUCUAUUUUCUUCAUGUCUAAGGAGAACAUGCUUACUCCUCAGUUAUCGUUUUUCUAAUGAGAGGCUUGUUUGUGCAGCUGAACAGGGCGGAGUUUGAGGACGUGGACGAUGAGACCAGAGUUCAGUAUGAAGGGUUCAGACCAGGGAUGUACAUCAGGAUAGAGAUCCCCUCCCUGCCCUGUGAGUUUGUCUUGAACUUUGACCCCCAGUAUCCCAUCAUUCUCGGCGGCCUGGGCUCCAGUGAGGGCAACGUGGGAUACCUGCAGGUGUGUGGCACCGGUUUAACCGAGUUUAUCAAUCUGAAGGCUGAUUGUAUUUUCAUGUGUAGAGUUUGGAUAGAAACAGGUUAGAUUAGAAUUGUGCUGAAGUUUUUCCUAAACCUCCUGGUUAUAACAACAUUUGUAGAUAUCUGUUAAAAUUAUGUACACCCCUCCCCCUCUGUUUAGAGAAAAAUUGUGUCUUUAAUUGAAUUUAAUUUUAACUUUUAUUCUUUUACAAUGAUGCACAAAGUUUUUAUGAUCUGACUUGUGCUCAGAUUAAUAUGAAUAUAUGAAUAGCCAUAUAUGCUAUCAACCAAUGUGUACCAACAAUAAAUAAACAAAUGAUUAGUAUAUUUUUUAGUAUUAAUAAAUUCACAAGUAUCUUAAAUCAUCAUUAUGGUCAUGUGUUGAGAGACAGCGCAUCCUGCUGCCCUGAGGUGGAGAGAAGAGAGAGAAAGGUUUAUAUUUAGUGUCUAAGGCUGUGGAACUGUCUUAUCGUUUAAUUGUAUAUAUUUUAUUUGUUAUUAUAGAGAGAAAAGAUUAAAUAAAACAAGAUGAGACAAGAGGGACAUUUAAAACAUCCAGUAUUCAACACAUAAAAUGAUCUGCUGGUCUAUAUUUACAAGUUAGGCUUGUGCAAAAACAACAUUUUGACUUCAGCAUGUCUGAUAAUAUUAACCGUGUUUAAACUUUAAUAAAAACUAAAACAAGGUGUGUAUAAAAAUAAGAUUGAACCUUUAUUUAUUAAACGAUAUAAACUGAAUUUCAAUGAAGUCUCAGUACAAAAAUUCAAGUUUGGUGCUUGUAAAAGAAAAAGAGACACUUGUAAAAUGACAGUAAUGCUUGUUUCUUAAAAACAACUCCUCCUCCUUCCUCCGACAAGCUCUUUUAUUGUUCAUUCCCCUCUUUCUGCCAGUAUGAGAGUCACCUUUUUACUGGGCUUUUUUUUUAUUUUAUUCAGAGAAGAUUUCAGAGUAUUUCUGCUGCUUUUGUGGCGCAAACUUGAAGGCAUCCAGGUCCUGUUUUCUCUCUUCAGCUGGGUCCAUGUGACAUGUUGGAAAAAUCAGGGGCUUCACUGAGCCGUUCUCCUGCCCAUGCAUGAGUAACUGUACCAUGUCUGAGUGUGCUAGGUCAGAGGAAGUGAACCAUGUUGGUAGCAUGGAUGAAAUAAACUUUACCAUCGUUGUUGUCUUGUGUUUGUCUCAGAUGCGUAUAAAGAAACACCGCUGGUACAGUCGGAUCCUGAAGACCAGAGACCCCCUCAUUCUGUCUUUGGGGUGGAGGCGGUUUCAGACCCUCCCCCUGUACCACAUUGAGGACCACAACGGACGCCACCGCCUGCUCAAGUACACACCGCAGCACAUGCACUGUGGAGCCUCCAUCUGGGGUCAGACACACACUUCAUACACACUGAGUCAGACCUUUAGAGGUUCACUACAUUGAAAAAGGGUUUAAGUUGUUUACUGGCUCUGCUGUGUGAUUGUAAAAUACUCUUAAAUCAGGUUUUAUUUGUUUAUUUUUGGGCUUAUUUAAAAGGAGAUCUUCCUCUUUCAGUGCAGUCAUGCUAUGUAUUAUGAUCAGAUCUCUGUCAUGAUAAUAUAACUAAUAACCUCUCUGGUCUCUCUGCAGGUCCGGUCACUCCUCAGGGUACAGGCUUCCUGGCUGUUCAGUCAGUCUCUGAAACUAAAGUAAGUCUGAUAUUUACUGAAUUCACAGAUCAGAGCAGUACUUAGGAGGCAUGGACGAAAACAGAAAGAAUUGCUUUAUCCUGCGAAAAACUUUUUGGUUCAGUUUAUUUCCUCCAUUUGAUCACAGACUCAGAAAAUCAGGUUGUAGCUUUUGAUCUGCCUGAAUAUGAAUGCCUUUGCCUUCAUUAAGACUGAUUAUGAAGAGCAGUCAGCCAAUGAUAGUAUGAGAGCUGCCUGUAGCACUAACUUUGCUCACUGUUACGGCCUCUAAAUAAUUCAUUUGAAUUACCAAGAAAAAAAAAUAUGGCUCACAAAACAGACCAGUAACAUAUGCAAAAGGACACAGACCGAGACCCUCAGUAGAUCGUAUGACAGCAGUUAGAUUUGGUUUAGUUGUUAGUAGUUCUUGGUGAUAUUAUAAUUACUAAGAUGUUUCUGUUUUUGUCCUUUCAGACCAGUAAUUUCCGUAUCGCAGCGACAGGAGUGGUGUUGGAUUUAGAUAAAUCUGUGACCAUCGUGAAGAAGCUCAAACUGAUCGGUUACCCCUACAAGAUCUUUAAAAACACCUCCUUCAUCAAGGUGAGUUGGGAUCUUUGUCUCUCAUUUAUCACCAGGCUGUCCUAUAUUUAUGUCCACAGCUUCUCCCUCUAUGAGAGGAAGCUCAGUCACAGUGAAGCCUAAGAUUAUUUCAUGUUUGUCUUUUCUGACCAAGACUCAAAGUUUGAAGUUGUUUUGAAGGAUUUUGUUGAAAGACAGCACAGUCUUAACAGUAUAUUUGAGUAUUUAGGCACAUUUUCCAACUACAAGCUCUAUAAAUGUGAAUGCUGAUUGGAAUUAAGCAUAUCAGCUAAAACGUUUUUUCCAGAAUCUGUGAGGUCUUCAUGUUGGAUUAAACUGAACAACAUCAACAUCAUGUCAUUUCCACUGAGCUCUCUCUCUCUCUGUCUGUUUAUAGGGCAUGUUUAACACGGUCCUGGAGGUGGCGAAGUUUGAAGGAGCUUCUGUACGAACGGUGUCAGGGGUCAGAGGUCAGAUCAAGAAAGCUCUGUCCUCACCUGCAGGAGCCUACAGAGCUACGUUUGAGGACCGCCUGCUCAUGAGCGGUGUGUGUUUGCUCUGCUCUCUCUGUUGUCUUCAUCAUUGUGUGUUGUGAUCAGUAAAAUCACAUCAACAGCGCUGUGUUUCUUCUCUGCUGUCUUAUCUCUGGAUUAACGUGUUUCCCUCUCUGUGUGUUCAGACAUAGUGUUCCUGCGCUCCUGGUUCCCGGUCUCUGUCCCUCAGCUGUAUAACCCUGUCACCUCUCUGCUGCUUCCUGUGGGGCAGAAGGACAGCUGGGCUGGCAUGAGGACGCUCGGACAGCUCAAACACGAGCUCGGCAUCCGGAACAAACCCAACACAGACUCACUGUACAAGGUGAACAGCUGAAAUGACAGACAGUUUCACACUGAUGAUGGAAACUUGAAUUGAUGUUAAAAGACGACUCCUGAAGAAAUCACCUUAAAAUUGAAACUUUUUCUCAACUAUCAUCAGCAAAGAAAGUUGUUCUGUUGCUGAGCUGACUUGCGGCCGAAGCCUCUUUAAAGGUAAAGUCUUUCAUUCAACAUUUAUCCUGACUCAGUAUCUCCUUGCCUUUCAGCCGGUGGUCCGAGGUAAGAGGCGUUUUAACCCCCUCCACAUCCCCAAAGAGCUGCAGAAGUCCCUCCCCUUUAAGAGUAAACCCAAACAGCAACAGCCUAAAGGGAAGGUUUCACGAGACCUGCAGAGACCCACAGUGAUCCGAGAACCGCACGAGAGGAAGGUGAGUGUUGAACGAAGCAAACUUGAUGGAGAUUAAGCGUGCAUGGGUGCUAAACAUUCACACAAGUAAAGGUUUCUACUUAUAAUGACAAAAAAAGAGAAGAACAGUGUUUUCAGUGUUGUCUUUCUCGUCUCGUCCUGCAGGUGGCAGCGCUGCUCCAAGCUCUGGGCACAAUCAGCAAUCACAAGAGACAGAAAACAUACACAGUGCAGCACGCCAAACACAAGGAGUUCCUGCAGCAGAAGGAGAAACAGGAGGAGGCCAAGCUGAAGAGACAGAAGGAGGCACGCAAAAAACUGUACCGUGUCAUGGGCCAGAUGGACAAGAAGAAGCAGAGGUCCAGUCUGAAGGGGGCGACGCAGGACGACUAAGUCCUCGAUUUAGACUGUAUGCAGGUUUAUCCUGUUGAUGAUGAGGACUCAGGACUCAGCAAUCUGAGAUGAUCUGUGGACUGUCAGUGUGUCACUGAUUUAAAGGAGUAUUCUGAUGAAUUUUUCUACGUGUGUGAAUUUUGAAAACCAGCUGUAGAGAAAAGCUCUAUCACUGCUUGAAGUUGUUUUAAUAAAACACAAUAAUGACACAGGAGUCUGUUGUUUCUGGAUCAAGUUUUCACAUUAGUUUCCUCCUACAUUUGUGGAUACGGGGACAAAUUGUGUUCAAAGACACUGGUUUUUGGGAUGUGAGUUUGAACCCAUGCAGUGAUUUAAACUGAUGAGCCAUGUCUGUUUUUCAUGUAGUGCCGCCUGAGGGUUAUAUUGAGAGCAUACAUUUUUUAUAAAACGAUAACAUCAAGCAGUUUGAAAAUUGUAAAUAUUUUUGCACUAUUUUUGAUUAAUUAUAGUGUUUU